AUGAAUUCAAAACUUACAUUGCCGUUUAAAUCGACGGUUGACCUUGCAUUUUCACACUGUGCCAGCCAUAGUCCACCAUCGCCCAGACCACCCAUCAUUUUGUUACAUGGGGUUUUCGGAUCGCGGAAGAACUUCCUCACCCUCGGCAAAGAGUUGUCUAAGAUUUUAAACACGGACAUAUAUUCGGUAGAUCUACGAAACCAUGGAUCAUCACCUCGAGCAAGGCCCUACGAUUACGUUACGCUGAGCAGAGAUCUCAGUCUUUUCUGUGCAAACAAUAUUGGUGUCGAUGUUCCAGUUUCGAUCUUAGGAUUCUCAAUGGGAGGCAGAGUAGGUCUUUUGUCAUCGCUUUCGAAGACUCUCAAAGUAGAAAAAUGCAUAUCCAUUGACAUGCCGCCCUACAGAUUAGCACGCCUAAACAGACUCUUGCUCGAGAAUAUUGCCAAGAUUCGCGACAUAUGUGAGAGACGUAUUAAGAUAAAAAAAGGUGCCAAAGAAUGGCAAAAGCAAGUUCUUAGAGAAUUCCAAAGCAUCCCUGCAAAUGACAAAUUAUCCGUCAUCUUGUAUUUUGCCUCUGGGUUUUUAUCAGUAAAGAGCAAUGCAAAACCUUAUGAACCUUCAUUAGACGAAGAUCCUUACAUCACAUUUGCUAAUCCAAUCUUACAAAUGCCGGGUCUUAUAGAAGAUCUAAGAGACUGGCCUAGUGCCGAUCGACUCUCUUAUGAGGGCUACAACGCAACUACUGACACGGUCACUCUUUUCCUGAAGGGUCUUAAGUCUCCUUUUAUCGAGAAUGACUAUUCUCUGCUAGCUGAGCAUUUUCCGAACUUCAAAGUCGAGGAAUUUAAUACUGGCCAUAUCAUAAUGGGAGAGGAGCCAGCAAGGUUUCAAGAGUCUGUCGUUCGAUUUUUCAGUUAG